CAUUUCGCGAUCAGCACUCGUACCGUGUGGAAGGAAUUUAUCGUGUGUUGUAACUCCGACCAGAAGUGCUGCACAUCAUCGUGGAGUGGAACAGUGAUACAGCUGCAUCCAGUUAAGUCAACAUCUCGUCGCACCGAUGAUAAACACGGUGGGAAAAAAAUCUACGACAUAAGCUAAUUACGGAAUGUUUCAGAAUCGAAUACAUUAGAUGAAAUAAAAUAACAGUUUCUUACGGUGGACAGUGCGGUGAUUAGGUUCUAGACAUCCAAUGCAAUAAGAAUGUAGAAACAGUGUUGGUGCGGUGCACAUUUAUCAUAAUUUAUGGGCGAGUGAAUGUUUCUUGUGGGGAGAAGAGAAAAACCUAUCUUAGUGGUGCCAAUUGCGAUUAAAUGGUCUGAACUAUUUAAUUACUCAUCGCGAGUGUGUUUCCCAAUCUUAUGUUCUGUUUCAAGUGGAUUAGCACAAAGUCCGAAGCUGUUCUGUACCGAACCAACAUCGAGUUUUCUAAAGUCAAGUGUUUAUGAUUUGCAACUUGGACCAAUGACGCGCGUCCCGCAGUUUUCUAAAAUGUGAUGAUUGGACAAAAAUGUGUGAAAACAAACAAAGCACUAUCAUCAGCUGACAACGCAAACCGGUUCUCCGAUAGCCUUGAACGGGGCGACAGGUUCAUUGAACUGUUCGGAAAAAUACUCCCGUUCCAAUUUGUCCAUUAUGACCGGCUCCAAUGAACUACUGCACCUGCGACUGCUCCGCGAGGAGCUUUACGAUCUCGACAUCGAGGACAUUCAGAACGACCUCAUCGAUCGACGUAUUUUCAGCCAAGCCGACUGUAAAGAAAUUCUGGACGAACCCAAUGAAGAUCAUCGACUCGAUCUCAUGUUCACCAUACUCGAACACAAGUUGCACAGCGGACGGAUAAUGAUUGUGAAAGAGUUUCUCGAUGUGCUCAAACCAUUUUACGGCUGGAUCGUCGAACGGCACGAAGAUGACGUGAAGGGUGGAAUCAGUGGACCGAUUAGCCGCUACCUCUCCUAUCGGAACAAUACCACCGUUCCCAAUAUAGACGAGUUGAACGUCUACCGGCGGGAGCAUCUCUGGCAGAUACAAAAGUAUCUCAAGCAACUGAAACACGGUGUUCGUGGCCAGCGGUAUCUGUUCGUGUACGGGGGUUUCGGCACCGGCAAGUGGACCCUGGUUAGUCAAGCGUGCGAAAAUUUCAACAUCGUCGAACGCAUGGGCUAUAACAUUUUCUACCUUAGUCUGGCGAACUGCAACGAACCCGAGCAGAUCCUAGAGUUGCUCGAAAACCUUAGCAUACAGAUGGAAUCCGAUUACAAGUCCGACGACAUAACCUACAACGGACGGUAUCCCACCAACGAGAUUUAUCUUCGGAAGCGUCGAUUGCUUCAACUGUUCGAGGACCGCUACAAGAACUGUCUGCUUAUUUUAUCGCACGUACGCGAUCCCAGCCUGAUUGCGGCGUUCGAUCUCAAGUGCAAAACGCUGGUGAUCACCAGCAAUUCCGAGGUGGUUGCUAGCGUCAACGAAUACGAACGGUUCGUCGUCAAGCUUCGGCCGGGAUUCACCGAAGACGAAAGUAUGGAAUUGUUUGGGAAAGCGCUUCGGUUAAAGUCUGAUCAUCUGCCACCGGAAGCGCACGAAAUCCACCGGACAUGCAAGGGUAACCCGUUCGUAAUCAAGCUGAUUGCCCGCAAGAUGUCCGAGUAUGGGAGCGCCUACAACAACGUGUCCAACAUGCACGUGGUGAAAAUAUGGCGCAAGUUGGCGGUCGAACUGACGAGGCACUCGAUCGCGAUUGAAAACAUGACGAUCAAGUCGAUCCUCGAUCAGCUCAGCGAGGAGGAGCAGAAAGCCUUUAGCAGUCUGGUGGUUUUCAGGGAUAACGUAAAGAUACCUCCGAGUGUUCUCCAACGCUAUUGGGCACUUUCGGUGGAGCAAACGGAAGCGGUUGCCGCCAAGCUGAUCAACAAAGGCCUGCUAGACAAACGCUACUGCAAAGACCAACAGGUGUUCUACGUGCUGCACUAUGUAUGUUAUAGCUUCCUACUAAAAGAAAAUCCAGUCGAAAAUUACGCUAACCUCCACCAGCGAUUGGUCGAAAGCUAUAGGAUCGCUGAAGCCCUCCAAAACCGAACGGAGCUGGAUCUACCCAAAUUCUUCCCGAAUGACAACUACUUCCAUUUCUACAUCGCAAACCAUCUCGAGCAGUCGGGGAUGCAUAACCUGUUCCCCGAUCUCUUUCUGGACUUUGGAUUCCUAGAACAGAAACUGCGCUACACCGGUCUCCCAAACACGGUGGGUGAUCUUCGCCACUAUCAGAACAGAAUCUUCGCCCACGUUCACGAUCCCGAGCUGUACGCGGAAGCGCUGACGGAGUUCUUGAUGAGGGCGGAGGUUUUACUCUCCAAAUCAGCCGACGCGUGUUUGCUGCAGCUCGCUAUCAACUGCACCGGAUUGAUUUCUACGGCAGCGAAAAUACAGGCCAACCGGUACGACAAUCGCGUUUGGUUCUAUGAUAUUGACCACAACCACCAGCAUCAGUUGGUGCAAGUUCGUAGCACUCCGAUUAAGGUUCGUUUCCAGGAUCCUGGCUCCGCAUUAGUUAGCCUGGACAACAAUCAAAUAUCGCUUGUUGAUCUCUCGCCAUGGUACUCAGCUCCCGCCACAGUAUUCGAUGGAAAUCAAGGGCGAGUAGUGGAUAUGCAGAUAACAAGCAAUGUUCUCGUUGCCUUGGACGAAGAAGGUACACUGAACGUGUGGUCAAUGAAAAAUAUCCCCCUGGAUCGAAAUGCACGUCAGCACGAAAGUGAUGGUAGCUUUCGCAGGCGAAUUCAGUGCUUGCGCCCACAUGAUCCCAACGAUCGAUUCGUUAGCUUCUGUAUAGUGUCGAAAAAACGUUCGCCGAACGCGGUGAGCAUAAACAUGUCGGAAAUGUUCGCAAUUACUAAAAAUGGGUGCCUACACAUUUACAACGGUUUGAGUAAUUUCACAGAAAAUACUCGGUGCAAUACUAGAAUCAAGGACACGUACAUCAUCAAACCGUUGGUGGAUGAUCCUGGCAGGAUUCCAAAAAUGCUUCUCGUUACCGCAAGCAACCAAGGGUAUAUAUUUAACCUUAACACCACUAGUGUGGAAUAUAAUUUCGAUGAACCGCCAGUUGUCAAUAUACACUACAUGGGAAACGCAUUGGUUUUGGUUGGUCCCAACCAAAUUCGUUUGCGGACUCUUAACCGCGAUCGACGGAACCGGCCCCAAACUGAGCGGUUGGAUAUAAUCUAUGAAACUCCAGCCCAUCAUCAUAACACUUGCAGUGCCAUCUCGGAUGAUUAUGAGUAUGUGAUUCUGGGGACCACGCAGGGCAUCUCAAUCUUCAGUAUUCGCGACCACAUCGAAGUUCUUCGGACCAACAUCAGUCACAACAUUUUGGACGUGGACAUAUUUUCUCUGGAUGAUGACCAGUAUCGAUACAUUCUAAUUUCAUCGUCCGAGGAGAGCGGGAAUGUCAUAAAUAUGUACUCGCUGAUGGUGACCGCUAACAAUCAAUUGGUCACCAAUCAGUACCAGCUGGAAGGUAACGCAAACUUUCUUGCCGAUCUGGACAAUUCACCGGUCAGCGUAAGGACAAUCGACCGGAAGCGCAUAAUACAGGAGCUGCAAUUCACAACCAUCCAGGGGAGAGAGGAUUUUCACAAACUGACUCCACUGAUCGAGAACAGAGCGCUAGCGAGUGAGGUGAAACGAUUGAUCCAGUGCCGGACGGGAUUUUUUGUGGGACUCAAGAAUGGUGACGUGCUGCGAUUUAGCGAGUGGAAUAACGCCGAGGGAGGAACCAAACCGGAAACGCUGCUCAGUCUGGGCAGGCCGAUAAAUGUGCUAAAGUAUUACGAGCAGCUGCAGGCUCUGGUGGCGGCCACAGAAAACAGUUGUAUGAUUUUUAUCGAAGGCGAUUCGGAGCUGGAGAUCGAGGCCGAAGUUUGCGAGUGCUAUCUGUUUAUGGAUCGCUAUUUGGUGCUUAUAUACGAAAACUGUGCUGUGGAGAUUUUAAACGUACAAACCAAGGAGAUCGAGUAUCGACUCGAUCACAGCCUUACCUACGGUGCGUCGGCAUUUAACGAGCAAUACCUGAUCAUAUGUACGACCAAUGGUGCUAUCCGUCAAUUAGGGAUCUUUUUAGAUGACAAUGACCAACUGGAGAUUAGCGUGCUACACGUGUACGGCCAGCCGGAGGACGCCCCGCUGAGACGCAUCUCAAGCUGUGUUCUGUCCGCUCACGGAGAGCUGUUGGCCGUGGGCUACAAGAAGGGUGCUAUAGAAGUUUACAACACGGAGGAGCGAAAACUGAUCGCCACCUUGGAAUCGCACAAAUUUGCAGUGGCCUCGUUGUACUUCAGUCCCUGGCAGGACCCCAAUAGUCCACACAUUUUAGUCAGCAUCGGUGAGCAGAUCGCCUUUUGGAGUUUGGACUAUGUGAUAAACAAUCCUCGGCUAGAUUCGGCGGACUUCAAAAGACGUUCCAACCGAUACAAAUCCCGCCCUUCACUCACCUCCCCCGCUAUUGAUAUGCAUCGUUCAUCGUACGGGAGUCGAUCGUCAGGGCUAGCAUCACCGCUGGCCGCUAGCCCAGCGCGCAAUGGAACGUCAUUCACAUUCGACAUCGACGAAGCCGGGCUACAGUGGCUCAGCAAAGUCGGACCCUCGAACAAACCCCAACUGCUGUCCUGUAUCAAGCUGAUUGGAUCGGCCGAGAAGUUGAUCAUCAAUCGCGACUUCAAUAAAUUUUUCACAAUCGACGACGAAGGAUACAUUUACUUCUUACGAUUGUAUCAGCCGGAUCGAAAUCAGUUGAUGAUCAGCUUCGAAUCGCCACGGCCUCCAAACGGAUCAUCGUUCCAUAUCUGACUAAGGUCUCGGGGCGCCGCUCGAUCCAUUCUGACAUCGGUUUACUACAUCCUGAUGUACAUUUUUUACACUGCUGUGCUAAGAUAGGACAACGUUCUACCAUUUGUGUGCCAACUACUGUAGAUUUCAAUGAAGAAACCUAAUACUCCUAAAUAUUAUCGAUGAUGCUUUUAAUGUCAUCGGCGUGUCAUCUUUGAACUGAUAACUCCAACAAUCGAAAGUUGUCCAAAACGAGUAGGGCAGUAAACACAAACAAUAUUUAGACUGUAAGCGACGAAAAUACAAAAGAAGCAAGUGUGAUAGCCAGCUUUUUAGAGCGAAAGAAAAAAAGGAAACCAUUUUUUAAUAUUGAAGAAGAGUAAAUGUUUUAGAGGAAAUAUCUUUUUACAAGAGUAAGUCGUAAAGUUGGGAAACGAAAGACUUGAUUCGUGUAAUGUGUUUAAGCGAAAUUUUUAGCAAUCAUUAGAAAGCAAUUUAAAGACUAAACGGUAGUAUUAAUUUUUGGUGGAAACAACAAAUUAGAUUAUUCUCUGACGUUACUUACCCAUGAUCGCAGUUAUUGCUCAAUUGUUUGCAUUUUAUUUGCCAUACAUACAUCUUUGAUUCAUUUUUGCCGGUAAUUGUUACCGGUGAGCCUAUUGUAUCGAGUAAUGUUUCUCACUUUCAACCAUUACUAAUUAUUUGAUCGUUUUACGUUACAUUUUCGUAAAUGUAUUGUUUGUAAUAAACGUGAACGAAUUUUGA